AUGGCUGACUCUGUGAAAGAGAAUGCAACUUCCAUGAAUGAAGAGUUGAGAAAAGAGCAUGAAUUUACCCCAGAGAGUCUAUUCAAUCGUGAAAUGUCCAAAGAUAUUGAUGAAUCCAUUACUGAUAAAUUAAAUCGAACCAGAAUCAUUGGCAAUAGGGAUGAAGGACAAGAUUUGACUCGGGAAGCAGGAGAUUGGGCCAAAGAGCAAGCCAAAAUGGAGCGCAAGUUUGGUGUCUCGACCACAAACCCAGAGAACUUGAAAGGGGAAGAGGAAGAAAAAUCAAUCCCAGGAAGGAUUAAAAGAGGACUAAAAGCUGCCAAGAGAUGGACCAAAACAUUCUUAACAGGUUCAUAA